AUGUCCACCACCAGUACCUAUGUCCACCACCAGUACCUAGGUCCACCACCAGUACCUAUGUCCACCACCAGUACCUAUGUCCACCACCAGUACCUAUGUCCACCACCAGUACCUCGGUCCACCACCAGUACCUCGGUCCACCACCAGUACCUAGUACCUCGGUCCACCACCAGUACCUCGGUCCACCGCCAGUACCUCGGUCCACCACCAGUACCUAUGUCCACCACCAGUACCUAUGUCCACCACCAGUACCUAGGUCCACCACCAGUACCUAUGUCCACCACCAGUACCUCGGUCAACCACCAGUACCUCGGUCCACCACCAGUACCUAGGUCCACCACCAGUACCUAUGUCCACCACCAGUACCUAUGUCCACCACCAGUACCUAUGUCCACCACCAGUACCUAG